AUGCCAGAGAACAGGGAAAACGAGCCCUCGCCGUCAAAACAGAGCACUUUUCAUGUGAAUUCGAACGGGAAGCGAGGAGAAACCAGUCUAUCCUUGGACCGAGAGGCUGCGAGAGCGAGAGGAGGACGCCGCUGCACCGCUAGACAUAAAAUGGAAAGCCAGGACAGAGACUCGGGGGACAUCAUUCCUGUGGUGAUUAUCGGUAACGGCCCGUCGGGGAUCUGCCUGUCGUACCUUCUGUCGGGUCACACUCCGUACGUGCCCCAGGAUGCAGCUCACCCAAACCCUCUGCUGCAGCACAAACUGAGGGAGCAGCCGCACCUGUCUCUGCUGCAACAGGACCUGGAGUACCUGUGCGAGGGGCUGGAGGGGCGCUCCUCGAACCCUGUGGCGGUCCUCUUCGACUCACUGCUGCUGCCGGACAGCGACUUUGGUCUGGACCACUCGUCCCCUCUGAGCUGGCAGUACGAGUCUGAGAGAGCCAUCCCCCACCUGGUGCUGGGGAGGGGGCCGCCUGGGGGAGCCUGGCAUGCGAUGGAAGGCUCCAUGUUGACUCUGAGUCUGGCCAACUGGAUGGAGCUGCCGGGACUUAAGCUCAAAGACUGGCUCAGAGAAAAACGCAGAAAUGUGCGUAACGACCGAGCCACGCCGGCCGAGAUAGCUUUGUACUACCAGCACUACGUUUCCCAGAAGUCCCUGGAGCAGAACUUUGCCUGCGGGACGACGGUUACCACGGUGACCAGAGUGCACGCCGACGGAGAGGAGCCAUGUUGGAGGCUGACCGGAGUCCAGCGCCCUGAGGGGGAGGAGCUUGGAGACGGCUCGGCGGUCUCGGAGGAGGUGCCCUUCUCGUUGUUGGCUCGUAACGUUGUCCUGGCAACGGGGACGCACGACAUUCCUGCUCGGCUCGGCGUGGACGGCGAGUCGCUGCCCUUCGUCUGCCACUCGUUCUGGGAGCUGGAGGCCGCCAUUUCCCGCGGGGAGUUGGACCAAUCGUCCGAGCCCGUGCUGGUGGUGGGGGCGGGUCUUACGGCCGCAGACGCAGUACUGGCCACUCGCCACCUGAGCGCGCCAGUGUACCACGCCUUCAGACGCUCAGUCACCGACCCGGCGCUGGUCUUCAACCAGCUGCCGAAACUGCUCUACCCAGAGUACCACAAGGUCCACCAGAUGAUGACCCAGCAGCAGCACGGCUCAUCUUCCUCCUCCUCGUCUUCCUCCUCGUACCCAAACUACCUGAGCUUCCCCAAACACCGCGUGGUCAAGUUCCUCCCCAACAAGAAAUGCGUCCUGGAGUCUGACUCGGGCCAGCAGACUGUCAUCCAGGUCUCCAAGGCCCUGGUCCUCAUCGGCUCCCACCCCAACCUCUCCUUCCUCCCAGACCACGGCCGCUCGCUCGGGGUCUACCCAAGCGAGCCGGUCUCCUGCCGCCGGAACCCCAUCGACGUGGACCCGUUCACCAACCGGGUCACGGAGGCGCCCGGGAUGUACGCCAUGGGCCCGCUGGUGGGGGAGAACUUUGUGAGGUUUCUGAAAGGCGGAGCUCUGGCGAUAGCUAGCGAUCUGCUCCGAAGGGAACGGAGCCAGGAGGAGGGGGAGGAGCCCUGGGUCAGAGACUGGAGCGUCAAGGGGUGA